AUGCCCACCUCACCCGGCAAUCCCGGUCAUGGGCUCGCCGGAUCAAGAUCCGUGCCUUUGGCCCUGCUUUGCCUGCUCCUCCUCAGCCUGACGGUCAACUCGGCCUGCUGUGUGCCGGUGGCCGGCACCAAGAUCUUCAUCCACCCCGGGUCCGCGGGGCUCACUCGCGAUCUGUUGUUCUCCACCGAGGCGCCGGCCGGCGACAUGGGCGCCGUGGCGCUCGGGCGCUGGCCCGAGGUGGGCCCCAUCGCCGAGAGCUCGGCCACCGAGGCCCGCCGCGCAUGCAUGCUCGGCCCGACAGGCCGGCUCUUUGACAGUGAGGUGCUCCUGCAUGUGGAGCUCCUCCGAGCCGCGCACCGGUGCAUCCACGGGGCCCGGUCGCCGGUGGUGCCGAUCCUCUCGGGGGAGGAACUGCUCUGCCCCUUUGUGGCCACGCCCGACGAGGCGGACUGGGUCUUCGUGCCGGUGUAUGCCAUGCGCUAUGGCUGCCGGGAAACCGUGGCCGAAAUGCGCCAGGGGAAGGCCCUGCGCCGGUUUUCCGACCACUGGGUCGAGGCCGCCUUCUAUCAGGCCCUUGACGAGAUGCUCCGAGACACACGUGUCCCCCUCGGCCGCAUGGUCCUCUUCUCGGGGCAUGGCGAGGGCCUGGCCUUCAUCCAGCGGGCUUUGGCCCGCCUGGCCGGAGAGCGCCCGCUGGCGGCCGGACGCGCGCAGCCGGGUCCGCUGGUUAUCACCACGAACGGCAGCCGGCGAUCGGGCUAUACGCCCGAGGAGCACUAUGUGGCCCCGGCACGCGUGACCGAUGCGACGUUGGAUGUUCUGGUGGCCCGAAUGGAUCGCCUGCUGGGGCAGCACGCCCGCUCGGCGGCGGGCCGGGGCUGUCCCCCGGGGCAUGAGCGUGACGCCACCGACCGAGCAUGCCGGCCCAUCGGCCAGGCACCUUCGACCGAGCUGCUUCUGGCCGAGUGGCGCCAGAAGGCAAUCCGGUCCAGCUUCCACGGGACCAUCCAGCGGGACUUCCCCCACUCGCGCGGGGUGCGCCAGCUCUUGCAGGCUCUGUCCGAGGGGCAUGCAUUGUGGGAGGAUGCGCGCCGGGCCGUGGGAGCCGGGCCCGCCGUGGCACGCCUGGCCCUGGGCAAGGACCCACGCAAUCGGCCCGGCGAGGAGUCCCGCUUUUGCCUCUGUCCGCCGGGCUUCUAUGAGUGGUCGCCCCGGCCACUGGAGGCCAUGAUGCUGGGCUGCGUGCCGGUGAUCUUCGGCGACGACCUGGAAGCCCCGGGCCCGGGGGAGCCAGACCUUUCCCGGCGGGCAGUCCUUCGUGUCAGCUACUCGACCGCCGGCCGGCGUCUCGAUCAGUCUCUGGCCCAGACGGAGCUCCGAUCUGAAGGGGCCAUUGGGGCAAUGCUGGCCGGCGGGCUGGACAUCGCCCGCAAGGGCGCCUACAGCGUCGACCUCGAGGAGGCUGUCCGCCGGUGGCAGGCCGCCGCCACCAGCAUGCCCGCCUCGGCCUCGGCCUCGGCCUCGGCCUCGGCCCCGGACCCGGGCGAGGUGUGGGUGAAUGCAGGGCUGGUCAACGAGUUCGUCACGUGGCUGUCACGGGCGGCCUCGCCCCCCUGA